GUGAAUUGCCAAUUAUUUCUUUUUUAUUUCUGUAGAUAUUUUAUGGGUGAAAAAUAAUAUAUUUCUCUAUAAAUGAGAUGAAGGCUCACUAUGCACAUCACACUUGACAUCCUUCACUACUAAUCAACAAAAGAAAAGGAAAAGAAAAACAAGAUGUGGGAUGAAACUGUAGCUGGACCUAAGCCGGAGCAUGGCCUUGGCCGCCUCCGCAACAAGAUCAACGCCCAACCCAUUGACAUCAAAGGUGUAGGAGAAGGGAGCAGCAGCAAGGCGGUGGCCGGGAGUCCGGGAACUCCAACGACGCCAGGAUCGGCACGUAAAGAGAACGUGUGGAGGAGUGUGUUUCAUCCAGGAAGUAACAUCGCCACGAGAGGAAUGGGUACUAACCUCUUCGACAAGCCCUCUCACCCAAACGCUCCGACCGUCUACGACUGGCUGUACAGCGACGAUACUAGGAGCCAGCACCGUUGAGCCGAGACCGAGAGGAAGGAGUGACACGCCGGUGAUGUAGUAAAUCAUGUUUCCAUUAGCCACGUGUUUAUUUUCAGUUUAUGGCUGUAUACGCAACCUUUUUUUUAUUUGUUUGUUUGUUGUUGUUAGCGACCGUUUGAUUUCGACCAUCUGGGUUGGUUUUCAACGGUGGUAAUGCGUCCUCUUGUCUCUUGUAAUGUUUCUACUGUUUGGUAAUGGAUAUAUUUAACUUUUAGCUUCGAA